GUUCCUUAUCAAAAACGUUGAUUUACUCAACCAAAGUAUUUUCGCUAUACGGCAUGAGUGCGAAUUUGAUUUGUGUUUUAAUUUUAUUCUUUAUUUCUUUUUCAUCUUGCGGUUAUCAGCCUACGGGAGAUGAAGUACAGCCUGGUAGUGUUUUGUUACCAGCGACACGACGAGGAAGAUAUUUGGCUAAUAUAGUGAGAAGACAAGCCGUCGAUGGGACAGGAAUCAAAUUCAAUAAGGAUGCCGAUAGAAUGAAUGCAGAAGCAAAGAAAAAAGUAGAUGUGUUAUCGGAGGAGCUCUUGCCAUAUAUAAUAGCAGAACAAGAAAGACGUACAACUCUCUAUAAGAGAAUUAUGACAGCUAUACAAAAUGGAGAAAAGGGUGUAACUAUCGCAGAGAUGAGGAGUAAACCUCCCCUCAUUAUAAGAAAAGGAUUGCUAUACCGAUGUCCAACUAAUCUGUUGCCCAAAGAGCCUGAUGGUUCUGGUUUAAUAAUGUGCGAAGAUGAAAUCGAGCCGACGCAGAUUAUGUAUGAUUCCUGCCUUAGUGCUGAGGAUAAGGAACUAUAUGUGGCUGAGAAUAAAUAUUUCUUCUGUAAUCGUCAUAAAAUAGAAGGCCCGGACUUGCCUCGUAACGGUUCAACUGUGAUUGGUUGUGCACCUAUUGAGAGAACAUCCCUUAAUUAUACAACCAGUCGAUGUGCGUUAGAAGCUACUGAUGAUGUCGUUGUUCAUUAUCGCUACUAUCCAGAUAGAACAUAUAAAUUCGUCACGGAAUUGGAUCCAGACAAAGAAGUUUGUGAUCAUUGGAAUCCUUGCCAAAUUGGAUAUAUUUUCAGUCUACCUUCACCAGAUCAAGCGAUGCUAGCGAGUGAAUUGUGGCGUGACAGAAACGAAGAGUUUGUAUCACAGAAGUCUAAGAAUUAUACAAGUAGUACUAAAAAAGUUGUCAUUCCCGAGGGGUAUAAAUUUAAUGACGUUGUUUUCACGAAAAAAGGAGCGACAAGAAAAUCUCAUUCAACCCAGACCCGUGUUCCGCUAGAUAAAUCAUUAUACACCGCAAAGAUUAGCAAAUGUGGACGAUUUGUGAAAUUAACAUUACAUUUUCCGGACUGGUCCAUUGAAUAUUACGGCAAUUAUGAAGUUGAAGCUGUUAAAAAGAACGGGAAAGAUGCACCACUUUAUCUCAAAGCGUUUUAUUUAACUCAAAGUUCGAUUUCGAUCCAAGCGCGAUCUAUGGAAGUCCAUCUGGGCCAGAGAGCCAAUGCUACUUCCAUUCCGAUGCGUUGCAAUCGAUGUCAGUUCGGCUCUAUUAUGGUGCGGGCGAAUGAUGGCAGCAUCUAUGUGUUGGAUACGGCUAAAUAUCGCAAAAGACAUUACAUUGACAAUCAACUAAUAUUAGAAAUUGAAGUCGAAGGCAAUACGCCGCAAGGUUUCGGCGAUUACUUUGCGCUUAUGUACAAUGGGGAUGGCUAUGAAGAAAAAGUACGACUUUUGACUGUUUUGUGUAAGUAA